AUGGAAAAAUGCUGCGGUCUCUGUGUGUUGCCAUGGAAUAAAGCUGACGACUUUGAGAAGAACUCAGAAUAUGCGAAAGCAUGGAAAAAGGACGAUGAUGGUGGUGUGAUCUCAGAUCAGCCUAGGAUCACGGUUGGUGAUUCGUCAAUGGGACCACAAGGUGGAUAUGUGACCAGGAUCACAAAUGAUGCUCGUGAAGACGAAAUGGAUGAAAAUAUCCAACAGGUAUCCACAAUGGUCGGAAAUCUGCGUAACAUGGCCAUUGAUAUGAGCACAGAGGUCUCGAACCAAAACAGACAACUUGACCGCAUACAUGAUAAGGUGAGUGCUCCCCAGGCAUGA